AUGUUGGUGCUGUCCAACAGCACAGCCCUGAACCUGCUCCUGUCCAAACUGCUCCAGAGCUGCCUGGAGGAGCAGAACAACAGCUCAGCCCCUGCCCAGGAGAGGAGGGCCAGCAGCAGCCUGGAGAUCAUCUACGUGCUGCUGCUGCUGGGGCUGUUCGGGUUCUUCACCGUGGGGGUGAUGGUGACCAACCUGCGGGCGCGGCGCCUCGAGGGGCCCCGCGACCCCUACAACACCUACAUCAACACGGACACCUGGCACAGGAGGGACAGGCUGCACCUCCAGGCCAGGCUCAUCGAGAGCUACAAACUCUGCUGCGUCCUGCACAACCAGCUGGCCGUGGAGCAGCCGGGCGCCGAGAUCCCGGAGGAGAAAUCUUCCUAG